AUGUCAGGGGAAGAGGCAUAUCCUUGGGUUUGUCCUUGUGGCAGACUCAACAAGAAAAAUGCAAACCAAUGUGCCCUCUGUUGGGGUCAUUGGUCGAAAGGCACCAAACACGAUGUCACUCCCAAAGUGAAGACAUAUGGAGAUGCUGCUCGUUGGAACAGCAGCUGGGAUGGAUGGGAACAAAAUUGGGAAAGCUGGGAGCAAGAUUGGGACGAUUCAGAAAGUGUGGGUCGGUCUUCGAACUCACCAAGAGGACGCCAAAUCCAGCAGAUCGAGUACUCCCCCAGGAGCAGACCCAAAGGGAAGGGCAAGACAAAGGGAAAAGGCAAAGAGAAAAUGAAAAGCGAGGCAACCGCCAGUCCGUUCGGAGCGGGAAAAGGUGGGCCCGAAGAAACCGAAGAUGCUACAACGGACAACAUCGUCGAUGUGGAGGAGCAAAAGCUGCGAGAUCAACUGCAAGGAGUGCUCAAUGCAUGUGCAGGAUCUUUGGGCAUUCAAGUUGCUGCAGCCGAACAACAAGUUCAAGAGGUUGCUCCGCUGUCUACCAAGGCCGUGUUGAGCUCGCUCCCUUCACAAAGCAGUUCGAUCUCUAGAGUGAUGUCUCAGGAGAAUCAUGUUCCGAAUGCUGCAUUGAGAGAAAAUGACAACAUUGACGAGUUAUCGAUUGUUCAAAUUGGAUCAGUCACUCCAUAUGCUUUCAAGAACUCGCCCAUUGAGAUGCAACAAGCUUUUCAGAUGCAUGGCAUGCCUGGGGACCAUGCGCAUCAUAUGGAAGGCGUUGAUGAGAGGCAUGAAGAGUAUGACGAGGGAUCAGAGAGCCCAUCUCCUGGGGAUUCCUCA